AAACUUAUUUAGAACUAUUCGAUCAGAAUCCCAUAGUCAUUCUCGGUUGUUGGAUGAGCAUAUUUUUUGGGUGGACCCGGAAUGAGUGUGGGUUAACUUGCCAUUGUUUAACCCUUUCGAGGCUUGGAGCUGGAACCUUGCUGCGACGAAGAGUUGCAGGCUCGCUACCUUGUUGGAAACGAAAGUAGACUCUGGUCCCUCCCAAAUGAAAUCAGUUUACCAUGGUUUCAGCUUCAAUUCCCACCAAUUACAACCGUUGGGCUCUCAUGGGGGAUUUCAAAGUCCCCGCCUUUCUCCCCCCCUCAACCCUCCAAGCCUCCGCGUGUCUCGCAAAAUCAGAAUCCCUCCAAAUUCAAGGAGAUUGAGUUCGUGGGUAUCUACUGCGAGAGCGCAACAGCAACAUCAUCUCUCCGAUGCUCAGAACAACGCAACACAAGACGAUGGCAUCCCCGUUGAUCUCUGCAAGGUUCUGGUGAAAUUCAAAUCGAGAUACAACUACAUAAGAGUGCUCGAAGUUUCUAGGAAGGCCGACAAUCCAUUUGCAGGGUCCAGGCUCCUCUUGCUCGACAUUCCUGGAAACAUACACAGCGUAUCGUUCCUGUUCAAGUGUCUCACAAACACGUACUUCGACGUCUUCGCUACAUUCCCUCCAAUUCUGCCUCCAGGGCCUUUGGGGAUUUUGGGCUUUGGUGCAGGGUCUGCCGCCCGUUUGAUCUUGGAGCUGUACCAGCAAGUGGAGAUUCACGGUUGGGAGCUUGACCCUUCUGUGAUUUCGGUGGCCAGAGAGUAUUUCGGCCUCUCUAAGCUCGAGAAACAGAACCCAGAUAAGCUAUUCAUCUAUGUUGGAGAUGCGCUGAAAGCCAGUCACAGAGAUGGGUUCUCUGGCAUUUUGGUUGAUUUGUUCAGUAAGGGUUGUUUAGUGCCGGAGCUUCAGGAACCCAGUACAUGGGAGAAACUGAAGAGAAAUUUGAGGAAAGGGGGAAGGAUUAUGGUGAACGUUGGUGGGAGUUGUGUGGAGGCCGAGGAUCAUCGGAGGGAUGGGAAAUCGGUUAUGGAAGAGUCUCUGAAAGUAAUGCAUCAGGUCUUCCCAGGCCAACUGUUCGUGUUGAACCUUGGGAAUCGGAAGGAGGAUAGCUCUAUUGCUCUAACUGGUGAAUUGCCCGAUCUCAAUGAAUGGAAGCAAAAGCUACCGAAAUCCCUCAGGUUUUAUGUGGAUAUGUGGACUCCAUUUGGUGGGUAAUUUUACUGUUUUGCUUCUGUUAAUUUCAUGGAGAUAUUGAAAUCCAUCUGAAAGCUUGAAUUCUGCCUAUUGGCUUCUUUGAAAGAGAGAAUUGCCAGCUAAAUGCCUUUUAGCCUACAUGGAAAUGAGGCUAUCUUUAUCUUGUGAUGUGUGGUGAUGAAAAAUAUUUAAUGUAUAUUAGCCAAGUGGAUUCAACUUGUUCAGGUCCUAAUCCAAAUAUCCAAUGCAGAGAAGAUUACAGAUUGGCUUGCUAUAGGCUCGAUCCUUAGUUUUUUUUUUUUUUUUUUGGAUAGAGAGAUGAAUUAAACAACAGUAAGGUCAAACUCGAGAGCUCUCGGUGAGCAUGGGCAUUUGGCGCAUCAUAAUUUAUCAGUUGUCCAAGACAAUUAUUGUUAUACAAUAAGAACUUCGAUGUCAUUUACGAACAUAAUUAUAACUCUCUCCUAUGCACGGUGCUUGCAACUUAAGACAUCCAAGUCAAUACUUCUAUAACAAAUAGAAGGGAUUUUGGAUUGCGUGAAAUUCCCCGUGACACCGAUUAUUGAAUUGAACUAGAAUGUUUGAGACAUUGAGAGGAGAAACUGUAUUUUGAUGAUUGAGGUUGGUGUUUUGUAUUAUGUGAGUCCAUAUAAUUAUUAUUGGGUCUAUAUUUGAACUUUGAUGUUUCUAUCUUUUCGAAGGUCUUAAAAGCCACAUAUGAUUAAUGGGAUGAUUAAUGUUA